UAAAAACUUCAUCUUUUUAAGCUCUUUUAAAACGGCCAUUUCAAACAGUAGGUUUCAGCUCGACUCCGAUUUAGCAGAUGGACAAUACACAAUUACUCAGUUGAGAAGCCGGAUCAAAGCUUUAGAUGAUGAUAACAAAAGACUUGAAGACGAGAAAGACCAAAUUGAAAAUCGACUAGAAAGAAAAUCGAGAUUUUUGGAAGAGGCUUUGAUGAUUAUGAACUGCCUACAUCGAGAAAUCUCAGCGCUCAAACUGCAGUACUGCGAUCUUGAUGAAGAAGACGUCUGCGAAGAAGAAAGUGUUUUGAGUUCGCACUUCCUCCACCUUAUGGCUCUCGUAGAAGCGUACUGUCGACAGUUUGAGCAAUUAGAGUUGCGUACGGCCGAUAGCGAGCAAACUUUGCACGGCCAAGACGCUGACCUUUCCGAGACAAUCAGCGAACUUCAAUAUAGACUGUUCGCUGCCGAUCAGAAGCAGGCUACUUAUGAAAAGGAAAGGCAAAAUUAUGAAAAGUGCAUAAAAAGAUUGAAGGAAUCGAACGUAUCAGCACUAAAUGAGGUUGGUCAAUUAAAAAAUCAAAUUAUGCAUUUUCUUGAAAAAGAGUCCAAGAGUGAAGAACAGAUGGAGGCGUUGAACGCAAACAUUGCUGAAUUAAAGAACCAGCUUGUCACAAAGUCGGAUCAAGUGAAUCAUUUGACAGAAGCGCUCAAAGAUUCGCUCACCGCCAACGUAAAUCACGCAGAAAUGCUUGCGAAUGUCAAAAACAGAUUUGUUGAGAAGUUAGAAAAUGCAAAGUUCAGAGAAGCGCUUCAAACAAGGAAAUGUGAUGAAAUACACAAGAAACUGCUGAAGAAGGAGGACGAAUUGAAAGAGUUAGAGCACAAGUUGGCUAACUACAAGGUAUGCUCUUAA